CGGUGUCUGUUUCUGCAGGACAGCUCCACGUGGGACAUCCGGCGGAAGUAAACCACAUGAUGCUAGCAGCGUUAGCUUCGAGGCUUCCUGUUGUUUAUCGUCGGUUAAAGACGGUUCUUGCUGUGUGAGCUGAAUGUUUCAGGGUCUGCAGUAACAAUAUCUUCUGUUCAGCAUCAGAGAGAGAAAUAUUCAGUAACCUUCGACCAUCAGCCCGGACGGCUGGACUCCAGCAGGAAAACCCAAAUCAUCUCGGAACCAGCAGAUUUGCCAAAGCAUCAUGUCUCUAGAGCUUAAAGGGAGAGCAGAGCCCCUUCAUCUUCCAAGAGUAAAGGAAGAAGAGUGUGGAUCAGAACCUCUGCUGACUGUAAAGAAAGAAGACAACAUAGGACUAAAGCAAUGGAGAGAAACCUUAGUGGAAAUAGAUUCCGGAUCUCUUGAAGUAAAAGAAGAACCAGUAGAACUACAACUGCAACAAAUAAAGGAAGAUGAUUCUCAAUCAGAUUCUCAGCAGAUGAUUAAGAUUGAAGACAUUAGUGAAGAUGAAAUCAAAGAGUUAGAACCAAAACAAGCGAAAGAAGAGGAGCGUGAAUCAGACUUUCUGCAGAAGGUAAAGACGGAGGCUAAUGACACAAGUCGAAAGGAAAAUCAGAAUGGACUGAAGGAAGAGACUGAUACCUUCAUCCUUAUGGCGACGGAUAAUGAAACAGAACAACCUGAACGCAAUGGAAAUCAAUUCUCUAAGAACAUCCUUAAAGCAGAACACCAUCAGGACAGAAAACCUCUCGAAGCUUCAGGAUCCAGCAGAGAUGAACAGCAUCAAGAGAGAGUUGUGAAAACCAGAGGCAGAGGAGACAAAGGGACAAAGGACAAGGAAAUUAACCCGGGUAAAAUAUGUAAACUUUGUAGUACAAGUUUCAAAUGGAACCAGAGUUUAGAAGCCCACAUGAGAACUCACACAGAUGAGAAGCCUUUUUCAUGUGUAACCUGUGGGAAAAGCUUCUUUAGCAAAAAUAGUUUCAGUCGCCACAAGAGAACUCACUCGGUACAGAAGCUGUUCUCUUGCACAAUGUGUAGCAAAGGUUUCCAUCUGAAAGGCAAUUUGAAUAGCCACAUGAGAACUCAUACAGGUGAGAAACCUUUCUCAUGUGAAAUAUGUAUGAAAAGUUUCAGUCAGAAAUGCAAUUUGAAUACCCACAUGAAAAUUCAUACAGGUGAAAAUCUUUUCACACCUUUCUCAUGUAGAAUGUGUAAGAAAGGUUUCCAUCUGAGAUGCAGUCUGAAAAACCACAUGAGAACUCACACAGGUGAAAAACCUUUCUCAUGUGAAAUGUGUAGGAAAAGUUUCAGUCAGAAAAGCAAUCUGAAGAGCCACAUGAGAACUCAUACAGGUGAGAAACCUUUCUCUUGUGGAAAGUGUAAGAAAAGUUUCAGUCGGAAACACACUUUGCAUCGCCACAUGAGUACUCACACAGGUGAGAAACCUUUCUCAUGUGGAAAGUGUAAGAAAAGUUUCAGUCUGAAACAUACUUUGCAUCGCCACAAGAACUCAAUUCAGAAUCAUUUCUAAUGUGUAACCUGUGGAAAAAGUUUCCAUCUAAAGAAAUAUUUGAAUUACCCCAUCAGACUUCACACAGACACUGCAGUGGUGCAGUUUGUAGCUCUGUUGCUUUGCAGAAGGUCGUAGUUCAGGGGAGUAGCAGCCUGGGGUCUUUCUAUCAUGAUUGCUUGGGUUCCAUCUUACUAGUGAGGAAUUUCUCUCCAAUGGUUUUGUCGUAAAGCAUGAACUCGUGUCUGGUUGGUCUGAACAUUUGUCUUGAAAG